AAGCUCCCCUUAGCCAGCCUGCCCUUAUUUAAUUUGGAGUGUGAUUUUGCUAUUUUUAGCUUCUGGAUUCUCUCCAGUGAGACUUAGAGGGGUAUUUUUUUCCCCUCCCCUUCCUUUUUCCAUUUCCAUUUUUUAUUAUUUGAAAUUCUGCAAAUGAUUUUGACCCAGCUUCCUUCCUCUUAGAACAUUUUUUUAAAUUUAUAUAAAUAAGAGGGGGCCUGUCUGCUCUCGCGCUCUCUCUCUUUAUCUCCCCCCCCCCCCACCCCGUGCGAGUCUCUCUGCCUUCUGCUUCAGAUCUGCAUUUGCAACCAUCAGCAGCCAGAAGGGGGGGUUUAUUUUAAUUUCAUCACAACACACAAGGAAAAACACACACAGAUUCGCGAAUAAGAGCAAUUAAUGAAGAUGAGUGAAUCCAGUGCAAAAUCGAGCCAGCCCCUGGCUGCCAAACUGGACAAGGAUGUAACUGAGAAGAGAGGACGAGGGCGGCCCAGGAAGAAGCCUCUGCAAGAACCCACUGAGGCACCAACACCCAAGAGACCACGCGGUAGACCAAAGGGGAGCAAAAAUAAGGCCACUUCAAAGGGAAGGAAAGCUGCUGUGACACCUGGGAGGAAACCUCGAGGCCGACCCAAAAAAUCUGAGAAGGAUGAAGAAGAGGUCAACAUCUCCCAGGAGUCGUCGGAAGAGGAGCAGUGAAAAGAGUCAACUGGUUCUACCUCGCAAUUCAGUUUUCCUGUCUCUUGUCAAGUUCUGGGACUGAGGAAAGAACAAAGAAUCCUCACCCCUUUCCUGACCCACCUUUCCCAAUGUUCAGUCAAAACGGCAACACUGGAGUACAGUGUAAGACAAAUCAGCCAUCACGAUUGAUGUGUCAUGUUCAAUGGGAGAACCCAUGUAUCUUGUUUCCCCCUCUCAUUUGACAGGGUUAAAGUUUUAGCCUACCAGUUCAUGUAGUUCUAUAAUAUAUUGGUUGUUUGGGGGAGGGUGGUUUUUUUUGGGGGGGGGGGCUGUCUCUUCAAUUACACUCCUUGUAGAGAGAGGAGUAUAUAAAUCUUUAUAGUAACCACUUAUUCAUGUUGAACAGAGUGGGGCAGUCUAGUUUUUCCUUAUCAACCCUGAUCUCCCCUUGUGCAUUGUGUGCAUUUUUCUGGGAAGUGAGCAUUUUGGAAAGAGCCAAAGCAUUGAAAUGGAGGCCGAUGAUAAGUUUUUGCCGUUUUCCUGGUUAAUGGUUUUAGAGGAUGUUUUGUUGCCGGUUUUUAUGCUGUUUCCUAUGCAUCAAUAAUAAUAUGGCUCCUCACAGUAGGCCCCAUGCAUUUUAGUCAACAGCAAUGCAAUCUAGCCCCAGUCAGCUGCGUUGGAGCUAAAGCAGUUUAGGUUUGCUAUAGGCAAGAUUAGUUGGGAGGCUUGGUUUGGCUCUCAUCUGCCAAUUGGAAAGCUCUUUCCAACAACUGCAAAAGUCCCCCUCCGAUCUGCUCCCCUUGUAGCCCCAGCUCCUCCACAGGGGUCUUGCACGUGGAAGCCCACAUCCAAAAUAUUUCUCCCCCCCCCUUUGUGCUCAGUCAUUCUGCACACACAGAAUGACUACUGAUCUUUCUUGAAACCGGCAAAGACUUCGCCAAGACCAAGGAAAAAUGAUGGCAGAAUCCCCCCCCCCUUCCCCGGGUCUCUUUUUGGGUUAUUUUCUCCAUUGGAAAUAGCACAGUUAGUCUGUUUACUUACAGUUGUCUUUCCACAACAUGUUUUCUUUCAAGGUUUUUUCUUUUUCCUCCAUUCACAACUACCUCUGGAUAAUUUUAAGUUUCAUUCUCUUAAAACAUGGAGUUGCUGCUGUUUUGUUGCUGCUGCUUCUGAUGCUGCUGUACCGGUUACAAAGUUUUAUUAUUCCAACAGGUUCUGUCUGGUUUCUUUCUCUGGAACUGACGUUUUACACUAUAGAUGAUUUAGUUUGAGUUGACUUUCUAAAAUGAUUGUGCUAUUAAAAAGGGAAAAAAUACUACAUUUGUCAGACUGGUGAGUAAUUGGGGAGAGGGAGGCUUCUUCUUUUUUUAGCAUACUGGCCUCAUUUCCAUGAUCUCCUGUUAGCUGCCCAUAAAGAAUAUUGGGUUCCUACCAUAUUAUCCAAAACUGUGAGCUACUUCUGACAAACUGUAGGUGUGGGCUUCUUUAGGUCCCCAUCCUUGAAGGCUAGAGGAGACUGCAUUGGAUAGCCUUUAAUGUUGGUUCAAAUUUUAAGAGCACUUCUGGAUGAAGAGCUCAGUGUGCGUUUGGUCUUGAUCAGUAUUCCUGACAGCCACAAACCAGUUUGUUCAGGGGAUGCCAUGUAAAUUCCUGUGCGGAUUGUUUCUUGUUCAGCUUGGGAAAUGAGUGUGAUUACCAUGGUGGCAGUCCAAAUUGGAGGCUGCGCUGCACUCCUGUCCCCAGGACCUAACUUGGUUCUAGUAUCUGUUGCUUACAUGCGUAUACUUUGAUUUUAAUAAUGCAGUUGCUCAGAGAAGCUGCUGACUGGAUGCAUAGCCCAUAACCUGACAACAUCUUAGUUCAGGGCUUUCUAUCCAAGGGGUAGCUUAAGAUUGCUGCAUAAUUCUUUAAAAUUGCUGGGUCUUUCCUCUUCCAAGUCCAAUAAGUGGCCCUGUCUCUCUUGUGCCCAAAUGCUCUAGAAAUAUGCAGUAAUGGCCCUGUUGUUGCUGAAAUCGACAUCUUUCUAAACUUGGAUAACCUGAUUUGCACAAUGCCAGAACAAAUCACUUCUUCAAUUUCCAAGUUGAGGAUUAAUGUGGUGCUUAAAUUAUAUGUUAGCAUGAAGUUGAGGGGAGAGACUAAACUUCACUGUUUACCAUUAACCAGCUACCUGUCUGUUUCAAAUUUUCACAAGGUUAUAGUUGAUGUAUCAGGGAAAUAGGAAGAAAGGGACAGUCUUUAUUUCUGCCUCUUAAAACGUAGAGUUGGUUGGUCCUCCCCCCCCCCCCCCGCUUGCUGUUUUCAGCUAAUUAAGGCCAUGGGUCUGAAAUCAAAUGUGAGUUCUGAACUAUGAUAAUGUCUAACUUGCCUCAACUACUCAAGAACAGACAGCAGAGGGGGAAGGAUGGAGUGAGCAGUGGUUUGUAGGCUGCUAUAUGAAUCUCUGAUCCAUUGCUAAAGAUUCCUUGAUUUCCUAUUUGCAGUUUACUUGAAUAAAACACUUGAUGUUUCAA